AGCAGCUGUUGAUGUACAGAAUGCGCCUGUUGACUCAGAAUUAAGAGUUCACCUCCGUUUUUCAGUGACUUUGCACGGAUUGCCUGCUUUCAUAGGGUUUGGUUGGAACCAAACAGUAAACCUCUCCCACCAGACUUUUGAAAAGUUUUUCAGGAUCCGUGAUUCAGUGUUUCCGAUGCCUAAAAAUAGCAAAGUUGUGAAGAGAGAACUGGAUGAGGAUGUCACAGAAUCUGUCAAGGACCUGCUCUCCAAUGAGGAUCCAAACGACGAUCAAUUUAAGAAAAGUGAUUUGUAUGUAGAUGAUUCGCCGAUUGAUAAGGAUGUGGACAUUGAAGAUGGUUCUGAUGCUGAGGAAGAAAGGCCUGCCUGGAAUAGCAAACUGCAGUACAUCCUGGCCCAGGUUGGCUUUUCUGUUGGUUUAGGCAACGUGUGGCGAUUCCCCUACUUGUGUCAGAAAAAUGGUGGAGGUGCCUAUCUUGUGCCGUAUUUGAUUUUGCUGAUUAUCAUUGGGAUACCACUGUUUUUCCUGGAGCUUGCAGUGGGGCAAAGAAUCCGCCGUGGCAGCAUUGGUGUUUGGAAUUAUGUCAGCCCACGUCUGGGAGGAAUAGGAUUUUCCAGCUGUGUUGUCUGCUUCUUUGUUGCUCUUUACUACAAUGUCAUUAUCAGUUGGAGUCUUUUCUACUUCUCCAAGUCCUUCCAGCAUCCACUGCCUUGGGAUCAGUGUCCUUUGGAGAAGAAUGGCACCAGAACCUUUGUUGUGCCUGAAUGCGAAAAAAGCUCUGCCACUACCUAUUUCUGGUACAGAGAAGCAUUGGACAUAUCUGACUCAAUCUCAGAGAGUGGAGGUCUUAACUGGAAGAUGACUAUUUGUCUGCUCAUAGCCUGGACUAUGGUGUGUCUUGCCAUGAUCAAAGGCAUUCAGUCUUCAGGAAAGGUGAUGUAUUUCAGUUCUCUCUUCCCCUACGUUGUACUUAUUUGCUUUCUGGUUCGAAGCCUUCUUCUCAAAGGUUCUAUAGAUGGCAUCCGUCACAUGUUUACCCCUAAGUUGGAGAUUAUGUUAGACCCUCAGGUCUGGAGAGAGGCCGCAACCCAAGUGUUCUUCGCCCUGGGUCUGGGAUUUGGUGGCGUGAUAGCUUUUUCCAGCUACAACAAGCGUGACAACAACUGCCACUUUGAUGCUGUCCUUGUGUCUUUGAUCAAUUUCUUCACCUCUGUCCUGGCCACCCUGGUGGUAUUUGGCAUCUUGGGUUUUAAAGCAAAUAUUAUAAAUGAAAAAUGUAUUGUUAAAAAUGCAGACAAGAUCCUGGAAAUGUUAUCAGCGGGAGUGGUUAGCCAUGACCUGAUCCCUCACCAUGUCAACUUCUCUGAGGUCUCAGCGGAAGAUUACUAUCAGAUGUAUGAUAUUAUAAAGGGAGUGAAGGAAGAAGAGUUUCCAAAGCUGGGCCUUGAGUCCUGCCAACUGGAGGAUGAACUGAACCAGGCUGUCCAAGGAACUGGUUUAGCCUUUAUUGCAUUCACCGAGGCUAUGACUCACUUCCCAGCUUCUCCCUUCUGGUCAGUGUUGUUCUUCCUGAUGUUGGUAAAUCUUGGCUUGGGCAGCAUGUUUGGAACCAUUGAAGGAAUAAUUACUCCUCUCGUCGAUACGUUCAAGGUCCGCAAAGAAAUUCUCACACUUGGCUGUUGCCUCGUGGCCUUCUGUGUUGGCCUCCUCUUUGUGCAGCGCUCCGGAAACUACUUUGUAACCAUGUUUGAUGAUUAUUCAGCCACGCUGCCCCUGCUGAUUGUAGUUAUCCUGGAGAACUGCAGCAUUGCUUGGGUUUAUGGCACAGAUAAGUUCAUGGAGGAUCUGAAGGACAUGCUCGGAUUCACUCCAUUCAAGUAUUACUAUUAUAUGUGGAAAUACGUGUCCCCAAUUAUUCUGAUUGCUCUGCUCGUGGCAAGCAUUGUACAGAUGUGCUUGAGUCCGCCAGGCUACCACGCAUGGAUUAGUGAUCUGGCAAGUGAAAAGUUCCUGAGUUACCCACCGUGGGGUUUGGCUAUCUGCAUCUCUCUCAUGCUAUUGGCACUGCUUCCUGUGCCGAUAGUGUUCAUCGUCCGUCACUUUAACCUGAUUGACGACGGCUCCAACUCCCUGGCUUCUGUCUCAUACAAAAAAGGCCGGAUUCUUAAGGAGAAUUCCAAUCUGGAGGAAGACGAUGCCAGUCUGCUGCAGAGCAAGGCCCCAAGCGAAAUGCCCUCCCCAGUACCUGGUAAAAGCAUCUACAGAAAGCAAAGCGGAUCACCCACUGCAGAACUAGACACAGCUCCAAACGGCCGCUAUGGCAUUGGCUACUUAAUGGCUGACAUGCCUGAAUCAGACUUGUAGCUGCAGAGCAAGCUUUUCCGGUCUAUGUGUAUGUUGUUGCGUUGAUCAGAAUUGCCACUCCACGUAAAGUACUAACGUGGCUCAAUAUAUCCUGUAUAUCCUGUAGAUAGACUAUAUUUUUCCAUAUCAAUGAUAAUGAUGAUAUUGUCUGAAAUACUGCUGCCUGUAAGUAGCUAUGAACAAAAAAGAAGGAACAUACUCUAAUGCAGCUGAAAGUUUUUCUUCAAUGAUUCCUCCAAGGAAAGAAUUCCUGUGUUUAUUUUCCAAACAAGAAAGUUUCUCCUGUCAAAAUGGGGACUUUCAGAGUGCCCUUCGGAUCGGUAAAUAUGAGAGGCCCAAUAAAGCACCUAAUUUUAGCCCUGAAACCAUUUUAUCUUAAAAUUUUAAAUUGUGCGGAAUUGUGGAAAAUUCUUCAAUUCAGUCAUAAUCUGGAAGCAGAUUUGCUCUUAAUAACAAAUCUUCCAAAUUAAAAUGAAAAUAAAACAAAUUUCACAUAACACCAUGUUAGGACUGAAUUGAAUGAAUUUUCCACAAUCUACAUUAUCUUAAAUGUAAGCCAAAAUGGUCUGACAGGCUAAGACUAGGUGAAAUUGUGUGACUUUUAAUUUCUUACCCUUUGUGUAAUAUAUGGAAGGACUUAUAGCACCGGCAUGAAUUCGAGCAGAAAUUAUACAAGUUAACAUUUGUAACCUUGCAUUAUUUGAUUUCUCAAACCAAGGAGCAUUUUUCUGCCUUUACUUUAAUCUCUGACAGGUAUCUGUCGUAGGAAACACUUGAGAUAUACAAUGAUCACAACAUUCAUCUGCUAACAGUUGUUAACUGGAUGUACAUUAUGCCUAUCUCCACAAUGUGAACAGGAUCAAUGAAGUGUGGGCCGUGCGAGCUACAGAAACCAAGUGGGAAUUGUUAUUUUAAAACAGGCUGUAUAUCUUAUGUAAAGUGGUUGCUAUUAUUUGAAGAGGUAAGGUUGCCCCAUUAUCCUAAGUCAAAGCUGUCUCUUGUUUUAUUGUCAUCAAACUGAACAAUCUUAUCAGUUGAUUUGGUGCCUAACUAUUUCCGAUAUUUAUUGUGGUUUAGAACUAUUCAGUGAGCGAGCAGUAUAUUUAUAUUGUAUAUUGCAAAAUGUACAUAUGUAUAUUUGUCUUGGGUUUGUUUGAACAUUUUGAUGCAAAGUAGCUUUUUUCAGCUUUGAUAAGCUCCUUUGGUGAAAUUCUUUGCUUAUUUUGUUACUAUUAGCACAAUUGUUUCCUUACAACAAGGCUAUUCUAUAUCUUUGCUUUCCCUCAGGAGGAGGGUUGAGACCAGUGGGCUGCACAGGAGUCCUGCAUACCUUUACUAUAUUUCAUGUGAAAAUAAACGCACAAUGACUUGA